GCUGAUUUGAACCCGCAUUGAAAACAAAUCGUGAUUUCCACCUGAGGAAAGACAAGAUGUGUGAUCACACAGCGUUGUUUAUUUUAAAACACACCACAACAGAAAAUGGUGUGAAUGUAAAUAGAAAGUUUUAACUUGAGUAGCCAGACUGCAUGGGAGGAAUUUAACGGAGUUUAUUUUCUGGAGUUUGUCUUUUUAAUUUUUGUGAUAAUCCCGCCUUCGAGAGAGGAAACUAUCGAAUCGCAUUGUGAAAAACGGGACGGGGGUUGUAGAUCUUCUCUCCUCACGUGUAAAAUACCGCUAACAGGGCGAAAUGACGGUAGUGCACAGUUGGUAACAGUGAAGGAUUUUAAUCAGGAUAAUUUCUUUUUAAUUUAUUCGUUUUAAUUAAAUUGAUGUGGUUUCUAUCUGUGAAAUAUUUUACUGGGGGAUGAAAAUGGCCACAUUUGGGGGUGCGAUGAUAGAUGAGGAGGAGAGACCCGUGGACUCGGGGGUCAUACCUAAAACUUAUACCACGAGUCCACCCCUGGCACAUCAAGUAUCAGCUGGGAAACCCUGCUCCAACUGCAGAGAACUGUGUCCAGGAUUUGAACUUCAUUUUUGGAGAAAAAUCUGCAAGCACUGUAAAUGUCCGCCAGAGUCACAUGACAUGACAAGUCAUAUAGACCAUGACCGCAGUCUGACGCGGCACCAUCACGACCCAAAACGCAACUCCACCUCAGACGAUGAUAGUGGCUGCCCUCUGGAGGAGUACGCCUGGGUACCACCUGGACUCAAACCCGAACAGGUCCACCAGUAUUUCUCCUGCCUGCCCGAAGACAAGGUGCCCUUCCUGAACAGCGUAGGAGAGAAAUACAGAGUACGUCAACUCCUGCAGCAGUUACCUCCCCAUGACAAUGAGGUGCGCUACUGUAACACCCUCACAGAGGAGGAGAAGAGGGAGCUACGUAUGUUCAGCGUCCAGAGGAAGCGGGAGGCCCUGGGGAGGGGCAGUGUGCGACCUCUACCUCUCACCAUGCAAGGAGUCAUCUGUUGCAAGUGUCAGCAGUUGAUAUCUGGUGGAUCUAUGGCGGUCUUUGCCUCGCGAGCAGGUCACGACAAAAUAUGGCACCCGGCCUGUUUCACGUGUAUGACAUGUGAUGAACUUCUGGUGGACUUGAUUUACUUCUUUAAAGACGAGUUUCUGUACUGUGGGCGGCACCACGCCGAGCUGAUAAAGCCUCGCUGUGGGGCCUGUGAUGAGAUAAUUUUUGCGGACGAGUGCACUGAGGCAGAAGGUAGAAGCUGGCACAUGAAGCACUUCUGCUGUUUCGAGUGCGACAGACAACUUGGGGGCCAGCGCUACAUCAUGAAGGAGGGGAGACCAUAUUGCUGUGUGUGUUUCGAGCGAAUGUUCGCAGAGUACUGUGACACUUGUGGUGAACACAUUGGGGUAGACCAAGGACAAAUGACCCAUGAAGGUCAACACUGGCACGCCACGGAACGCUGCUUCAAGUGUCACACGUGUCAGAAGUCGUUACUAGGGCAACCGUUUUUACCCAAACAUGGUGUGAUUUAUUGUUCGGCGGCUUGUAGUCGAGCUGCCUCCAUGCAAACUCAAACUCCGAGGCGGCCGGAGGAUUAUGUUCACGAUAUAAAUAGCAUUCGAUUAGGAUCUCCAGUCAGUCAUGCGUUGCAGGAGCAAGGAACCAUGGGAAUGCAGGAAGCUUUACGACAACAGUACUCGUUAUCUGACAGUCUGCCUUCGUCUGAUCGUGACCAAGGUUAUGCAACAAGUAGCAAUAGUGAAGUGUAUGCUCCUGGAAUUUAUGACACUUCCAGGUCUCAAAAUUCACAGGGGCAGAGUAGUAGUGGGAAUUAUGAACUGAAUGUGGAUAGCCUAAUCGAUGCCCUUCCUGUUCCACAUGAAGCCAAACUCAAAAAGAGGCUCUCUCAACUCUCCAUGCCAGAUCUCUCAAAGGAACCUCAGUCUAGUCCCAGCGAAGAGAACGGAAAAAUGAACUCGCAAGCGAGGAGCCGGUCUGGAUCAGAGAAAAAUUUACAUACUCGUUAUCAUGAAUACGAAGAGUUACCGUGUAUGUACGAUGUGCCAAACAAAAACUCGAAACUUGUAAACAACUGCCACCCUUCACAGGAGUAUCGUUCCAUAAGGCCCAUGGAGCGCAUGCUGGGCCAUGGAAACCCGGAGUCUGCCAGGUCGUUCCCGGAGUUGAGAUACAAUUGUGUGAGUGAUUCUCCUCAAAACGUCCCACUGCCACACCCUAAUGUCCAAGUGAAUGCUUCCCCAUCACAUGUGAACAAUGGUUUACCCCCUCUCCCAGACAAUGUGAGAAUGAACCCCAUAAAUAGACCCCCUUCCGGGAGGGUUCCUCUCCAAGUGUCGGAUUAUCCGAGAAGUCAGAGUUUCGAAGGACGACCUUCAGAGAGGGCACAUAGUCGACGUCACGGCCGACGACGAAACAACAGGGUCCCCAGACGGGACCAAAUUCAGGGUCACUGGCCCGAUUCGAACAACUAUCGUGAUGAUGACGAUGACUAUUGUAGCACCUGCUCUAGUUCUAGUGACUCGGACGAUUCUUUUUACUAUGAUGACAGAGGCCCGAGACCUCGAAUCUCAUACGUGGAUGACAUGAGCAUCUCCCUGGGAAACAAUAGUGCAAUGCGACAGAGAAUGAUGGGUCGGCACAGAGUCAAACAAAAGCAGUGUGUUAUAUCAUAACACUGGGGGGUAAAAACCCCGAAUCCUUGCUGACCAAUCAAUGUUUUAUAUUUAUUUCUUUGUGAAACAAACCUGGUACUAAGCUUAAGAAAUGUGUAACUGUAUCAAGUCCUAAAUGUGAACCUGUAAUUGUACCUUGACAAUCAUGAAUUUUUCAAGUAGAUUUAAAAUAACUCUCCGUGUUCACUGUUCACUAUAUAAGCAUUCUCAUUUCUCUGUGUAUUUGCUGGGUACCAGUUUUGUUUGUUACGUUUUGUUGAGAACCAGUCUAGUGCUGUACUGUUAUAUUCCAUGUUGUGUUAUAAUAAUUAUCAAUGUUGAUCAUAAUGUGUAGUCUAUGUGUACACUAUACAGAGCAGUGGUUUGUAAUCGAUUGCCCUGGAUAUGUUUCAUUGAAAUGUCAAUCAGUAGAGGUCAAAGGUUGUGAUUGGGUGUGGUCAUAUGAUGUUAUGACCAGUGAUAAUUUAUUUAUUCUCUCUUUGUAACUUAUUUUGGUUUUUUUUUUCUUUCUGUUUUUUUAAAAAUAUUUUUAUAGGAUUAAUGAAGUUAAUUAGUAGUUAAUAGUAUUAAAGGUAUUUA